AUGCUGUGGUCUUGGGUACAAUUCUUGAUCCUUUUGGUGGCCAUUCAUUGGAGAACCGCUAGUGCUGAUCUUAGAGAGAUGUGUCGUCGUGUCUGGAGCUUUUUAAAGCAACCUUCCGCUCCCAGCAGUCAACAACGGCGUCUCGAUGAAGCAAUGAAUCAGCUUAGGGAGAAGAAUUAUGUUCUGGCAAGCCGCUUCUUGCGGCAAGUCAACUUUGUUUCGCUGGCCACUUGUCCGCUUGUGAACGCGAACGAUCUGCCAACAUGCGCCGCUCAGAUGUUCGCGUAUGUUUGUGCGUACACGAUGCACACCUGCAUAGCUAAUGGGAUUGUCACAUUGUCUACUUCCGGCCUACGAAAGCUCUUCGUCUUCUACUACUUCUUGGCCGGCGCAACUCUUCUGUUGAAUAGUGGCUUCUCUGACAGCACAGCCUUGGGAUACAAGGUCAUUCUAUGCGUUUGCUAUAUUGACAGUGCGGUUCAUGUCCCAGCAAACGUUGUGCUUGCGGUGAUGGAGAUCUGUCAGCAAUUCAUGCUGUUUGGCAGAGAGUUCCACGUCCUCGAGUUUGCCCUUGAUCAUGCAGUUUUUGCGAUCCUCGUCUCAGUGAUCUCCGUCGUGUUGGAGCGCACCCUCAGAGAUCGCCUAGCAGCGCAAAUCAGGAAUAUGGACGCUGAGUCCAUUAUCGUGGCUUUUCGUCAGAUGCUUCGAGGUGUCUGUGACGGCGAAGUUCUCCUAGAUGACGGCCUGCGUGUACAAGAAGGUAGCAACUGCCUGAACCAGAUUUUGUUUAGAAAUGAAUCCCUUGACAAGAUGGUCUUCCGCAACAUCCUCGUUUAG